CAUGAAGACGCUAAUGAUACUCCUCCUCUGUCACACUGCAACUGCAGUGACACACUCACUGAUGGAUUUUGUUACUGGAUCUUCUCGUCUCCAAAACGUCUCAGAUUUUUUUGGUGUUCUAGAAGUUGAUGGGGUUAGCAUAAUUUACUGUGAUAACAGCAACAAGAUAAUAGAACCAAGGCAGGACUGGAUGAAAUUAAUAUUUGGAAACAACACUGAGCAAUACACUAAUCUGUGUUUUGUGGAAGAGUCAGUCAUCUUUAGAAAUAUGAUUCAGGAAUUCAUGCGGUACUUCAACCACAGGGGAGCUCACUUUUUGCAAAGGAACGGUGGCUGUCAGUGGGAUGAAAACACUGGAGAGGUGACUGGUACGGCCCAGUUUGCCUAUGACGGAGAAGGCUUCCUAGAAUUUGAUUUACAAAAACUGACAUACAGGGCACUAAAACCAGAGGCUACCAUAGUACAACACCAAUGGAAUAACAAUCCGGGAUUGAUUAAAGUAACUGAAGAAACCCUAAGAAGGCUUUGUCCACAACAGCUGAAGUUAUUUCUGUCCCAUGGAAAAAGCUCCCUGCAGAGAAAAGUUCUUCCCUCACUGUCUCUCCUCCAGAAGACUCCCUCCUCUCCAGUCAGCUGCCACGCUACAGGUUUCUACCCUGACAGGGCUGCGAUUUUCUGGAGGAAAGAUGGAGGGGAGAUUCAUGAAGGUGUGGAUCAUGGAGAGAUCCUCCCCAACAAUGAUGAGACCUUCCAGAUGAGUGUUGAUCUCAAUAUUUUAUCAGUCACACCUGAAGACUGGAGGAGAUAUGACUGUGUGUUUCAGCUCUCUGGUGUGAGCGACAUCAUCACCAAACUGAAUAAAGCAAUUAUCAAAACGAACUUGGUGAACAACAAAACACAUAUUGAUGCAGAGUUGCCCAUCAUUAUUGCAGCCUUUGUUCUUGUUUUGAUCAUCAUUGUUGCCAUUGGAAUUGUUGCUUACAAAAAAAAGAAAGCUGCUAGCAUCAUCAUAGAAUUGGAUGGGAGAUCUGGUACAGAAUCACCGGACUCUGCACAGAGAUUUGCCACAGAAUCACCAGACUCUGCACAGAGAUUUGCCACAGAAUCACCAGACUCUGCACAGAGAUUUGCCACAGAAUCACCGGACUCUGCACAGAGAUUUGCCACAGAAUCACCGGACUCUGCACAGAGAUUUGCCACAGAAUCACCGGACUCUGCACAGAGAUUGGCUACAGAAUCACCGGACUCUGCACAGAAAUUGGCUACAGAAUCACCGGACUCUGCACAGAGAUCUGGUACAGAAUCACCGGACUCUGCACAGUCUUAA